CUUACCUUCCUUUGCAGUUCCAAGGACUAUUCUGUGCACCUAUUCUUACAAUAGCGAACUACACGGAACCCUUUGUGCGGCCAAAGUCUCCGAAGCAAGGGUCUACAUUCAUCGCAUCGCAGAGAACGCUGAGACUGGAGCCGCGCUGGCAUCUUCUCGAUGUCUGAACAGAAAGCCUCGCUUGACCUUACCCAUGUUCUCUACGAUUCCGAUUCUCAUGUCUCACUCGUGCUGGCUCUCAUCACUCUGUCCCCAAUCCUUCUGAUGGCCUCAUAUGCGGUGCUGGCAGUGUACACGCGCGAACUCACUGUCAUCAACAUGUGGGCUGGUCAAUUGCUGUGCGAAGCGUUCAACUGGAUGGUAAAGCGCGCAAUCAAAGAAGAAAGACCUGCAGAUAGCGUAGGGACAGGUUAUGGGUUUCCUUCAUCACAUAGUCAAUAUAUGGCCUAUUUCGCCACAUUCCUCGUCCUGCACCUCUACUUUCGACAUCAUUUCGUCUCAACGGGGUACUAUAUCGUGGAUGUGGCAUGGCUGCUACUUCUUCAUCUCGCACUGAUUGGGUGGGCAGGGGUGGUCGCAUACUCAAGACUAUACUUGACGUACCACUCACCUCCCCAAGUCCUAUGGGGUGUCACUCUUGGCAUUAUUUUCGGCGUCUCAUGGUAUUCCGCCACCGAGCUCAUCCCAACGCGGAUACCAGACUCGUCCAUUGGCAAGUUCAGAACAUAUGCUUUGGACCACCCGAUAUCCAGGUGGUUCAGGCUGAGGGAUGGGUGGCUGGUGUGGGCCGACGGUGGCGUCGAGGCACAUUGGCAAGCCUGGGCGAAGGAGCGGGAGAAGUUAAGGAUAGCGGGUGGACAGACAAAAGUAAAGCGGACUUGAUUCGGAGACAUGUACGCAGCUGAAUUGUGAACGAGAAUUAUUU